AAAUAUUUAAAACUGAUAUGAUGAAAGACGUAUUGUACAGUUAUAAUUAGGUAUUUUAUCGGUUAAUUAUUCACUAAAUUUCGCCUAACUUAAAAUUUAUAUGCUCAUUGUCCAAUUUAUAAGCUUUUACUUCCCAUUAGCUUUUAUUUUUAAAAACAUGAUGGUAUAAUUAGGCCCAAACCCGAAUUUCUUUAGUCAAUUUGAUGGAUGAUUACAUUAAAAAACAAUACCUACCUAAAAAAAAGAAAAAAAUUAAGAAAAAAUUUAUUAUUGAUGAUGAUGCUGACGUAAAUAUUGUAUUAAAUAAUAAAAAUCUUGACCAUGAAGAUAUUUAUCAAGGGUUAAAAGAAAAUGAGCCUGUAAUUGAAAAUUAUCUAUCUACAAAUAUUAAUACAUUUUCACAAUCUUUGUGGAAGCCUCUGUCAGAUGAAAAAGAUCCAUACAAUAUUAUGUCACGCCAUGAUACUGAAUCAGAUGAAGAUUUUGAUCCUAUUAGAAAGGAUAUUACCUUUGGUAUAAAUAUUAAAAAUCCUACUAACUAUAAUAUCAAAUCUGAAAAGUCUUUGACGGAUUCUGACUCAGAUCUUUCCCCAACAAGGAAUCAAAAUAAUCCACUUACAGAAUUAAUAAAAGAAGAAAUGGUGGAUGAUAAGGACAAUUUGAAAAAUUCAAAAAUUAAAGCUUAUGAAAAGGAAAAGAUCAAAAAGGCCCAAACUUUUAAAAUAUGGAAAAUGGGUGCUAAACAAAUAGAAGAGAAAAAAACUGGAUUAGAAGACAUUCAAACUUUGUAUAAUAAACCCCUAACAAGAUAUAUAGAUGAAAAAGAUUUAGACAAAAUGUUAAGGGAGAAAGUACACGAAGAUGAUCCAUUGGCAUCAGUAUUUAAAGCUAAAACUCCUAUUAUAAAAGCUAAAGGUAACCCUAGCAAAUUUAAAGGCAAUUACAAAGAAAAUCGAUUUAAUAUUCCUCCAGGAUACAGAUGGGACGGGGUGGAUAGGUCUAAUGGCUUCGAAAACAAAUAUUUCCAAAAAAUUUCCAAUCAAAUCUCGAACAAAGAAAUAAUGUAUAAAUGGAUGGUUGAGGAUAUGUAGGAGAAAUUUAUCGAACAUUCGUUAUAAUGCAAUUGUCUCAUUAUUAUAUUUAAUUUAAAUGAUUGUAAAUAAUUUUCAUUAAAAAAAAUAUAAACCUAAAGU